UUGCCAACGUAUGCAAACAGGAACAUGGCUACCGGUGUUUAACAUCAGCAUUCUUGAAAAAUUAUCUUCUCCCUGACCGACAUAGUCUGUGAUACACCAGCUUUUGCUGAUCCUCCGCGACAGGAGAAAGGUCGGAGUUUAUCAGUAGACUUUGGAAACAGCUCCUCGCUUCUUCGUCGGUCACAGACAGUGUGAGUCAUCAUGGCGAGUCCAAGGACCAGAAGAGUUCUGAAGGAAGUGAGAACUCAGGAUGAGAAUAAUCUGUGUUUUGAGUGUGGAGCUUUUAACCCUCAGUGGGUUAGUGUGACAUAUGGCAUCUGGAUUUGUCUCGAGUGCUCUGGCAAGCACAGGGGCCUGGGAGUACAUCUCAGUUUUGUGCGCUCGGUCACCAUGGACAAGUGGAAAGAUAUUGAACUGGAGAAAAUGAAAGCAGGUGGAAAUGGAAAAUUCCGCUUGUUUCUUGAAUUGCAAGAUGAUUAUGAUCCAAACUGGACUCUGCAGGAGAAAUACAACAGCAGAGCUGCUGCACUCUUCAGGGACAAGGUCGCAACAUUAGCAGAGGGAAAGGAGUGGUCCAUUGAGACCUCCCCUGCAAGAAACUGGACGUCCCCUCAACCCAAAAGCACUCUUUCAUCCUCUCAUCGUUCUGGAGGAUCUGGACAGAACUCGGCGAAAUCCAGUGAUAAAGCUUUUGAAGACUGGCUGAGUGAUGAUGUUAACUCUUAUCAGAGUGGAGGUGGUUACAGUGGGAAUCAAGAGAACCGGUACGUUGGAUUUGGCAACACAGUGACCCCAGAGAAGAAAGAAGAGGACUUCCUGAACAAUGCCAUGUCCUCUAUUUAUUCAGGUUGGAGCAGUUUUACUGUUGGAGCUAGCAAGUUUGCCUCUAUUGCCAAAGAUAAUACAACUAAACUUGCAAACCAAGCAACCUUAAAGUUAAGGGGCUAUAAAGCGCCCCCAGAACCGGCCACUGAGUUAGGACAGACAUUAAAUGAGAAUGUUAUCAAACCUACUCAAGAAAAGGUGAAAGAUGGCAAAUUGCUAGAUGAAAUGGCAGUCAGCAUCACUGGGCUGGCAAACAAGGUUCAGGGAGCUGGGUCAAAGCUGACUAAUCUGUUCUCUGGAAAACAAGAAGAUGGGUCUGCUGGUGAGAGCUACCAAAACAUGGAUGCCACUGAGGGAUAUCAGGGUAGUUCUAGCCAGCCUGUUGCAAGGGACUUCUGGGAGACCUUUGGCAGCAACAGCUCCUUAAAGGCUAAGAAAUCUCCCAGCAGUGACAGCUGGACCAUUGCAGAUAAUUCUGCCAAGAAGAGCUCUGACAGUUGGGACAAUUGGGGCUCUGAAGCAGCAUCCAACAACAAACACAGCACAGAAGAGAGCUGGGAGGCUUGGGACAACAACUGGGAGAAUGCAGAUGGUAAGACAAAGAAGAGUCCCACGAAACCUGCUGAGGAAACCUGGGAGAACGCAGACUGGUAGUGACCUCACAAAUCUACAUCUUCUUACCUUUUUUCCUACUCUGGCAUUUUUCCCUCUGACUCUCUCUGUUCAUCUCAACGGCACUUACAGGGAAAGCUCCAUUAGCUUUGAUCCUGUUAAUGCAUUUAAAAUAUAUUUAUUAUCCUAGAAGCAAAAGAAUGAAGCCCAGGGAUGAGUUGAGCUCAUCAUGAGACGACUAUUCAUAACUUUACUGAAUAUCAGUCCUGUAUAUUAUUGUAAAUCGUCCUUAUUAAAGGGAAUUGAGCUAAAUCAGACCAUAAUGUACUGCCUGGACCUAAUACUCUUAAAGGUUAAGAAGCCAGUGUUCAUACUGGAUCGCAGGUUUAAUUUCCGUAUUAAAAAAACAAAGCAUGAAAGAGAAAAUCUGAUGUUGUAAAUUUGAACCCUUGUAAAUACAGUAUCACCAUCUAAACACUAACAACUUUAUGUUCUGUGUUUAAUCAGGUUUGGCCCCUUAAACAUUUUCAUCUCUGUUUUGUAAAAUGGAUCAAAAAUACUUUUUCACAUAAUAAAGUUCAUUCCACCUCGUGUUUACCAUUAAUCAAAAUCUCUUUGGUCACGUACAGUUUAAAUAAAAUGAUCUGAUGUAUAAUGAGUUGAGAAUAAAUCUCCCUCAUGGUAUUAAUUGAUUUCAUUUUAAUGAGCAAGUAGCUUUUUUUUCCCUUUCUUUCCAUCUUCCCAGUAGAGACCUGCAGAUACAACACUGUCAUGUUAUCUGCACCAGCAAAAGUGCAGAUAGGCGAAGGCAACAGAACGCUUUGAAGUUUGGCAUGUCUAAAAGUUAGUAACUGCCAUUCUGCUAAAACGGCUGCUUUAGGGUAAAUCCAACUUGAAAUCAAAUUUUCAUUGAAUUUGACCCCCGUUUUGCAUUUGCGAGCUUUUUAAGCCCUUUGAUUGGUUGGAUGAGUUAACUUUCAGUCAGCACAACCUGUCUGUAGGCCCAAUUCACACUAAAAUGUUCUUUUAAGCACAUCCAACAUCAUAUUUUAUUUUAUUUUUUGUUACACAUCCUUUCAAGUAGUGUUGCUUUAUGUUGCAACAUUGUUUUUUUUAUUUGCUUCACUGCUUAAAUUAAACUGCUAAAUAAAUAUGCCCGGAAUACCUGCCAAUGCUAGAAUAGAAUGGGGGUGGUAUUGCAAUAUUGUGUGUUUUUCCUCUCAUUCUGACCUCAGAGCUGUUUGAAGUGACUUGAAACAGAAUGAACUUUCCCAUUAGAGUUCAUGCAAUCAGAUCUGGCUGCAUUCACUUGCAAUGUGGUUUAGACUGGGCUCAGGUUGGACCAGGUGUUUUGAUCAAGUUCUCUUAUUAAUGAAUGAAUAAAUAAGAGUAAUCACUCAUAUUAUUAAACAAAAGAAAAUGUAUUUAAAGAUUUCUAGUUUUGUUUUCAAGAGACAUAUUGUGAAAUUUUUAAUAAGUCAUGUCUAAAGAUGAUAUACAGUUUAUUGUAGAUAAUUUCACACGAGAGGUCCUCUUUGCUGGUUAUACUCUGUGUACUGUAUGCAAGGGUGAUGGUUGUGUGUCAUUAAUUGGACACAAGUUUGGAUUUUUAGACUGUUUUAUUAUCAGCUCGUGACCAUAGCUGGUGACAGGUCAUUGUAGAUUUUAUCUCAUACGAAGCAUCUCUGUGUCGAGUGUUGUUGCACUGUGGUCGUUGUUUAUAUUACGAAGAUUCUGUGUCACCGAUAUCUCUACACUGUAUUAACAUCUGAAUUGCGGGGUAAUGCUAAUGAGGCUCAUUAUAUGCUGGAUGCUUUGAUGGUCAUAGCUCUCAAAUGCUUGUUAUGAAUUAAUUUAAUCAACCUAGUGCAUCCCUCGGUCAGAUUAAAUGGCAGCUGUGCUCACGUUGUUCAUCAGAGAUGCAAAUGCAUUUUUGAAAAGUUCAUGGUUACAACAAGCGGAAAUGUAAUCAGUGUAAAAUUGGGCUCUAGUAAGGUGUCUGGGUUGAAGUAUAGGGCAAUUUUGCAUCAGCUAAUUUCUUAUGUGGCCUUUCAUUUCCUGUAACCCUGUAAAUUUGUUGCUUUUCAUGCAAAAAAUCUCCUCAUACAACACUAGUUUAAUGUCACUAAACCAAUUACAACUUCAGGUUUUGCUAAUAUCAAAAGUAACAUGAUUGAUUUGCAUUUCCUGGUGCUUUUAUUGGCCAAUAGUUUACUUCUGCAGACAGUCCUCAUUGGACACGAACACUUAGCUGAUUGAUUAUUGAAGAAUAAAUGCUCCAUUACCAUUUUCCUACCUCUAAGAAGUCUUUGCUUUACUGCCUGGGUUAAUUUAGUGAACAUGUUUUAUUUUAUUUUUCUUCAUUCUUUAGCACUGUUUUAUUGUAGACCUUAUCACCACUGGUAGUGUAACAGUAAAGCAGCAAAUAUGAGUCUACAGUGUCAGUCUGUUUUCAGUGAUAAUGCGGUGCUGUAAAGAAAAAAAAAAUUUAAUAAUCACUCCUGGAAGAUUUGUGUUGCUAAACCUCUGCAGUCGUGUUCAUGUCUGGUCAUGUGAUCAAAGCCUUAAACAGCUGUGUUUGCUUUCUGUUGAUACUGGUGCCACUUUACUUGUGUAUAUGUCAGAUAAUGUCAAAUGAUUCACUGUUACCCUCAACUUUUCCCUGUAUUACUGAAGUAUGUCAACUGUUUUAUUAUUAUUUUUAACUUUAUUAUGGCAUAAAACUGACUGCCAGUAAAUGGAUAAAUUCUUUUUGAUCUGCUCUCACUGUAUCUAAACUGUUUAGUCCUGAUAUACCAUAGUUUUUCUUUUAGUGAAUCUCUUGCUGGGGUUACUAGUAAUUGAUUUUUGGAUGAUUUGCAGAAUUUGUUUGUUAUCAAAAUGCAUUUAAAUGACUUAAAAUAUAUUUUUCUCUUUUUUUUAAAAGAACUGAUUGUAUUUUUUGCCACAUGAAGUGAGUCAAAUUCUGAACUUUCCAGAGCAGCAGUUCUGCUCAUUUUCUGUGCCUGUGGAUAACUUGAGAAUGGGUAUGUCUGUGUUUGUUGACUAAACUAAUAAUUAUGUCAGAAAUUGAUGUCAUGCAUGAGAUGUUAUGUGAUGCUAAAAACAUUCAGUUGUUUCCUAAGUGAAUUUAAGUGCAGUCGUCUGCUUGACCCUUCAAGUUUCACCAGCAGACAUCCUGAGGUGAGCCAGUGUUACCGUACCCCCUCCCCCAAGGCUCUGGAUAUUUCUCCUGUACACAUGUUUCUGUGUAAAAUUAAAGAAAAAAAUGUGUUGUGAA